AUGAAGGUAUUCAUCACUGGAGCUACAGGUUGGGUAGGACGACAUGUCGUUCCUGAACUUGUAUCUCACGGACACGAGAUUACAGCUAUUGCCAGAACUGAUGAUUCGGCUGCUGCUCUCGAGAAACAGGGGGUCACAGUCGUCCGAGCCACACUUGAAGAUACCGAUAUCCUUCAUUCCUCAGCUAAGGAAGCGGACGCUGUGAUUCAUCUAGCUUAUAUUCAUGAUUUCACCGAUUACGGAGGUCGACCCGCUAAAAUUGAUUUCGCAGCUAUUCGAGCUAUGUGUUCUGCACUGGAAGGAACCGAUAAACCGUUUAUAGGAACCGGUGGAGUACUUGGAUUACCUGAUCCUCAAACUGAGAAUGAGAGUGCAUCCUUUGGACCUAGAAAAGAAGCUGAGCAAAUCGCGUUUGAAUAUAUCGAAAAAGGUGUUCGACCUAUUGUGAUUAGACUCUCACCUUCUGUUCAUGGCGAUGGUGAUAAAGGAUUUAUUCCAAUUUUGAUCAACCUAGCUAAAGAAAAAGGUUAUACGGCUUAUAUUAGAGAUCAGCCUAUUAAAUGGCCAGGGGUUCACGUUAAAGAUGCUGCUAUCUUAUACAGAUUAGCCAUUGAAAAUCAACAUUUAAAUGGUGGUACAAUCUUACAUGGUGUAGCUGAAUCAGGUGUACCGUUCAGACAAAUCGUCAAUACUAUUGGGAAAAAACUUGAUCUAGAAGUGAAAGAGAUUGAUCAAGAAAAAGAAGCACAAGAUUAUUUCGGUUGGAUGGCUUUCGUCCUGAAAUUCGACGGUAACGCUUCCAGUGAAAUCACUAAACAGAAGACAGGAUGGGUCCCAAAAGAAAAAAGUAUAAUGGAAGAUUUAGAGACUGGAACCUACUUCAACUGA